AUGUCACACUUUGUCUCGCGGACCUCGCAGGAUUUCGACUCGCUGCAGCACCAGCUGCUCCGCCGCCAGCCUCUCGACGAGGACGGCAUCCAGGAGGAUGCGGCGGGCGAGGCCAGCGCGCCCGAGGGCCCGGAUCAGCCGCAGUCGACGCUGGCCGGCCGCAGGAGGAGAGAGGUGAGCGACCUCGGCCUGGACCACCCCCACGGCAUCAGCGGCAGUGGCGUCGAUGGCUACCCGCACACUGCGCCCGCGCCCGCCAGCACCAGCGCCGCCUACUCGCGCCGCAACAGCCCCGACCUGCCCCAGGCGGCGCCAUCGAGGCCGAGGAGCGUCGCAGGCAACAGCAUACACGAUGUGCCGUCACGCUCCGGCCAGCUCGAGGCCGCCGACUACUUUUCUGGCCCUGGCAACGCGCAGCGGUCGGGCGACGCCGUCAACGAUUAUCCCUCGGGCGCUUACCGCGUCGAUCUCGAGAGCGGCCAGGUGCAGGGUGCUACUCCGUUCGACAUGGGCGCCCAUGGAGGAUCGACGAUGUCCUCGGCCGCCGCCGCCGCCGCAGCAUCAGCAGCAGCGACAGCAUCGACCUCGACCCCGGGCAUGGGCUACGGCCGCGACCGCCACGCAACCGGGGACGCGGCGGGAUCGCGAGAUGCGACGCUGCGGCCGCGCAAGAAUGCAAAGGGCGUGUCGUUCUCGGACAAGUCGCUGGGGCCGGGCGAGGAUGGCCACGCUGGCAAGCAGCAGCGGCCGCAUCGCUCCAACAGCGGCUUUGUCGAACCGCCGCCCGCGUCGCACCAGAUCUACCGCUCCAAGAGCUCCGGCAUGAUCAGCCCGGCCGAGAUGGCGCCGCGGAAGCUGGGCACCUGGGACGGCGUCUUCAUGCCCGUCAGCCUCAACAUCCUCGGCAUCAUCCUCUUUCUCCGCUUCGGCUUCGUCCUCGGCCAGGCGGGCCUGCUCGGCUCCCUCUUCCUCCUCCUCGUCAGCUACACCAUCGACACCCUCACCGCCAUGAGCCUCAACGCCAUCUCGACCAACGGACAGGUGCGUGGCGGCGGCGCCUACUACCUCAUCUCGCGCUCCCUGGGACCCGAAUUCGGCGGCUCGAUCGGCCUCAUCUUCUUUGCGGGCCAGGCGCUCAACGCCGCCAUGAACGUGCUCGGCUUCGUCGAGAGCCUCACCGACGCCUUUGGAGAGAGCCGCGGGCCGAGCGGCUUCCUGCCCGAGGGUCCCUGGUUCUCGUUCUUCUACGGCAGCGUGGUGCUGCUGCUCAGCACCGUCGUCUGCCUCGUCGGCUCCAAGCUGUUUGCGCGGGCCACGCUGGCGCUCGCCGUCAUCCUCGGCGUCUCGAUUGUCAGCAUCCCCAUCUCGUCGCUGACGGUGCAGCCGUUUAUCGACGAUGAGCGCGGCGCCUACUAUACCGGCUGGUCGCUCCAGACGCUGCGCCAGAAUCUGCUCCCCCGCUUUACCUCGGGCGCCGCCGGCUCGUCGACCGGCCCGGACCCGGAGAGCUGGCAGUCGGUGUUUGGCGUCCUCUUCCCCGCCGUCACGGGCAUCCUGGCCGGCGCCUCGAUGUCUGGCGACCUGCGCAAGCCGAGCAAGAGCAUCCCCAAGGGCACCAACUAUUCGCUCCUCUUCACCUUCCUCGUCUACGCCAUGAGCUUCGUCGUGUUCGCCGCCACCAUCGAGCGCGAGUCGUUCUACGUCGACGUCGGCAUCGUGUCGGACGUGGCGCUGAGCCCGCAGGUCAUCACGUUUGGCGCGCUCGCCUCGACGGCCUUUUCCGCCCUCAUGGGCGUCAUGGCGUGCGGCAAGGUGCUGCAGGCCAUCGCGCGCGACAACCUGCUGCCCGUGCUCGACGUCUUCGCCCAGGGCACCGAGAUCAGCGACACGCCCACCUUUGCCGUGCUCGCCACCUACCUCCUCUGCCAGUUGAUUCUGUUUGUCGACUCGGUCAACACCAUCGCCCAGCUGGUGACGAUGACGACGCUCCUGACGUUUGGCACGCUCAGCUUCGCCACCUGCGCGCUCAAGGCCGGCGGCGCCCCCUCGUUCCGGCCCUCGUUCAAGUACUGGAACAUCUGGACCGCCGGCGGCGGAGCCCUCAGCUGCUUUGGCGCCAUGUUCUUCACCGACCCGCUCGCCGCCAUCGCGUGCAUCGUCGUGGCCAUCUUCCUCUUUGUCGCCAUUCACUUCUUCUCGCCGCCCAAGCCGUGGGGCGACGUGACGCGCAACCUGACCUACCACUUUGUCCGCAAGUACCUGCUCCGCCUCGACGAGCGCAAGGGCCACGUCAAGUACUGGCGGCCGCAGAUCCUGCUGCUCGCCAACAACCCGCGCACCGAGUGGAACCUUAUCAUCUUUUGCAACUCGCUCAAGAAGGGCGCCCUCUACGUGCUGGGCCACGUGCUCAAGGGCGAGUUCACCGAGUGCCUGGCCGAGCUGCGCAAGCAGCAGGUGGCGUGGCUCAAGCUCGUCGACCUGACUGGCAUCAAGUCGUUUGUCGACGUCAUCAUCGCCGCCGACGAGCGCGAGGGCGCGCGCAACCUCAUCCUCUCGUGCGGCCUCGGCGGCAUGCGCCCCAACAUCGUCGUCAUGGGCUACCCGAGCGACAUGCAGCACCCGGCCAAGGUGGCACGCGGGCCCGUCCCUUCGGCUGCCGCCGCCGCGGCAGCGUCUUCAUCUUCGUCGUCGUCAUCGCCCACGGCCCACCAGCGCGACGGCAGCGAGAUUACGAUCCGCGGCAUCAGCUGGCCGCACCGGCCGCACCGCGCCAUCGACAUCGGCAGCCUGCCCACCGACGGAGUGCGUCGCGAGACGCCGAUCCGCCCCACGACCUACGUCGGCAUCAUGGAGGAUGCGCUGGCGCUCAACAAGGCGCUGGCGAUCGCGUAUGGCUUCGACACGAUGCAGCUGCCCGGGCCGUCGGCGACGACCAGGUACGACAAGCCGACCUCUGACCAGUACAUCGACCUCUGGCCCAUUCAGAUCGCAAGCGGAGACGAGGCCGACGACGACAGCCACGCCUGGGACACGUACACCAUGGUGCUGCACCUCGGCACCAUCCUCAGCCUGACGGGCACGUGGAAGUCGCACAAGCUGCGCGUGUCGGUGUUUGUCGAGCAUCCCGCCGAGAUCGAGGACGAACGCCGCCGGAUCCGCUCGCUGCUCGACAACCUCCGCAUCCCUGCCUCGCUGCGCGUCUUUUGCCUCUCGGACCCAAGCGUCACCACCUACCAGGCUAUCGUGCUUGGCCAGAAGCCCAUCUUCGACGACAUCGAGGCCGCCCUCCGCGGCGACCCGUGGUGGGAGGCGCUCAAGCAGCUGCGGAGGGAGUCGGAGAAGCGGGCCAAGGCGGCGGCAAAGAGGGCGUCGCAGCCUUCGGCGCAGGCGAUCCCCUCGCCCGGCCCCGAGUCGCGCAAGCAAUCGAAGAAGGAGCAGCGCAUCCUCGGCGUCAGCCUGCCCGCCGAGCACCUUGCCUUCCACAAGCAGAACAUCCGCCUAGGCCUCGCUCACCCGCGCGCCCGCCGCCUCGAUGCCGAGAGCGACACCGACGAGACCGACUUCAGCGACGACUCCGACUUUGAGGACGAGCUGGCGCUCCUCUCCGAGGACGACGACUGGCUCGACGAGGCUCGCUCGAGGUCCGGGGCCGGCGUCGGACUGCGCCGGUCGUCGACGGUGACGGCUGGCAUGUCGGGCCGAUCCAGCAGACCAUCGCGUCGGCCGCGCGCCUACUCGCUCGGAGGCUCGGCGGGCCUGCCCGACGACCCCAUCAGCCAGCCGCUGCUGUCGACGAGCACCGGCACCGAGGCCACCGUGGGCCGCUCCGUGGGCAGCUACGGCUCCCUCAGCUCGUCGCAGCGCACAGCCACACCGGCCAACGUCAAGGGCGCCGUGCUGCCAUCGGCAUCAGGCCACGUCGAUUCGGAGCAUGCGUCCUCCGCCGCCUUCAACCCAGCCUACGCAUCAGUCGGCUCGACGAUCGUCUCGACCGAUUCGAGCGACACGCCGAGAGCCUCGCUGCCGCGCGAUGAGCUGCACCCGAGCCCGUUUGCAGCCUCGGUUGGCCACGCGGGUCGAGAGGGCAACGGCCACGGAUCGGAGGACCAGGACAGGACGCUCAAGGCAUCGGACCGGGCCAGGAUGCAGGAGCAACUCCAGCAGGGUGACCAAGCGGCCCGUUCCGGCCCCGCCUCGCGCCGCUCGAGCAUCAGCAGUGAUGCUGACGGCUCCGGCCUGUCGCUGCGCGGCAGUCCCUCCAGCAGCAGCGACGCGGAGCCGGCCACUUCGACGAGGCGAGCGCGGGGUCCGUCGGCGUCCGCAUCGGGCAAGCGGGUGAGGAAGGCGUCUGGCAGCGUGAGGCGGGCCUCGUCGUCGUCGGCGCAUGGCCGCGCACGCUCCGAGGAACUGCCGACGAGUUCUGGCCCAGCGAAUAGCUCGGCGCCCCGCCGUGCCUCGCGCUCUCGCCGCCCCGGCUCCGGAUCGCGUCCGGUCUCGAGCGCUUCGAUUGCCUCGAGCAUCCCGGCGGCGGCGGAGGGCAUCCGGAUCUCGUUCAACGAGCUGCCCAACAAGGCGCAGUACCUCAUACUCAACGAACUGAUCCGCUCCAACUCGUCGGCCGCGACCUCGGUGGUGCUGACGGCGCUGCCCGCCCCGGAGCCGGGGACGUCGCGGGACGAGAUGAGGAGCCUGCGCUACCUGGAACACCUAGAGAGCCUCUUUACCGGCGGCCCGCCGGUACUAGGCGUCCACGCCAAGACGCUCACCAUGACCAUGAGUCUAUAG